GGGAUGGAGGUGCGGCUGGGUCCGGGCGCAGGCCUGGAGCUUCCCGAGCGUCCUCAUUUUCCUAAAGUCCCAUUCCUAUUAGGGUCCUAACGGUCCCUAAGGGCCCAGGUCCUGCUUAUGGGCCCUAACGGUCCCUAAGGGCCCAGGUCCUGCUUAUGGGCCCUAACGGUCCCUAAGGGCCUGGAGCCUUUUGGGUCCUGUCCGUGGGUCCUAGUGACCUCACGGGCCCAACCCUAGAGGGUGGUGUACACCCCUUAACGUCUUGCCCGUAGGUUCUAAUGCCCCCAAAGGGCCUGGGUCCUGCGCCGCAGGUCCUAGUGCCUGCCUCCGAGGUCCCGCCCCCACCCUGGAUCCUGCCCCAUAAGGCUCAGUACCUGCCCUCUCACAACGGUCCUGCCUCUUAGAUCCUAGUGAUCUCACCACCGCGUCUUGUCUCCCAACCUUGGUUCGGAUUGCAGGUCCUAGCGACCCCCAUACCCCGCCUUCCACCCGAGCCCUGUCCCCCAGGUCUUCACGCCCACACACUCGAAGCUCUGCCCCCCAAGCCCCACCCGAGCUCCCAGUCCCCCUCCCUUCCACCCCAUCAACGCUCCUUCCAUGGGCGUUUCCCCCAGACGCCCACCGAGCAGCCCCACCGCCCCCCGUGGGCCCCACCAACACCCCCUCCCCCCUUUAAGCCUCGCCAUGCCCCUUUUAACACCGACCCGCCCUCUCGGUGGGCGUGGCCAACGCCGAAGGGGCGUGGCCUCCCCGGCGGGAAGGGGGCGUGGCCUGGCGGCGGGCUGACGCCACGGGCGCGCGGCGGCCGCGAGCCACCAACAUGGCGGCGGGCGGCGGGCGGCGGCGCGGCGGCACCCGGGGCGUUGGGGCCACCCGCAGCUCAGCAGCGUCGCCGCCUCCGCUCCUCUCCCCCCUCCUCCUCCUCCUCGCCCUCCCCGGCGGCACCGCGGUGGGCGGCGAGGAAAGCGUGAUCCUGGGCAUGAGGUUGGAGUACAGCAACAAGCCGGCGGCCCCCACGCGAGGCCCGAUCCGCGUGACGGAGGGCAGCGAGCUGCUGCUUCGCCUCUACGGCAUAGGGCUGGGCCCGGGCACCGGGCAGCGAGUGGCCUUCGCGGAGCUGCGGCCGGCCGGCAACGCCUCCACGCCCAACGGGACGUGCCCGGAGCGCUCGCAGGACCUGGUGGUGCAGGGCCUGGUGGGCUCCGAGGCUGCGGGGAACGGCCCGGGGGGCUCCGAGGACACCUCGGCGCUGCUCCGAGUCCGGGUGCAGCCCCUGCGGAAGGACGAGCAGGCCAAGACUUACGUGCUGUGCACGCAGCGACGGCCCGGCCUGCCUUGGUUGCCGCACCGAGGAGCCGACGGCCACAUCGUGGUGGUGGAGGAGAAGAAGUCCCUGCUGCCCCUUUGGCUGCAGGUCAUCCUCAUCGUGGGGCUGUUGGUGCUGUCGGGGAUUUUCAGCGGGCUCAACCUGGGUUUGAUGGCGUUGGACCCCAUGGAGCUGCGCAUCGUGCAGAACUGCGGCACCGAGAAGGAGAAGCGUUACGCCAGGAAGAUCGAACCCAUCCGGAGGAAAGGGAAUUACCUGCUGUGCUCCCUGCUGCUGGGCAACGUGUUGGUCAACACCACCCUCACCAUCCUCCUGGACGACCUCAUCGGUUCGGGCAUCGGCGCCGUGGUGGCUUCCACCAUCGGGAUCGUCAUCUUCGGGGAGAUCGUCCCCCAGGCGCUGUGCUCGCGGCACGGUUUGGCCGUGGGGGCCAACACCAUCGUGGUCACCAAGUUCUUCAUGCUGGUGACGUUUCCCCUCUCCUUCCCCAUCAGCAAGCUGCUGGAUUACAUCCUGGGCCAGGAGAUCGGCACCGUGUACAACCGGGAGAAGCUGGUGGAGAUGCUGAAGGUGACGGAGCCCUAUAACGAUUUGGUGAGGGAGGAGCUCAAUAUGAUCCAAGGGGCCCUGGAGCUGCGCACCAAAACGGUGGAGGAUGUGAUGACCCCGCUGCAGAACUGCUUCAUGAUCAACAGCGACGCCAUCCUGGACUUCAACACCAUGUCGGAGAUCAUGGAGAGCGGCUUCACCCGCAUCCCCGUCUACGAGGAGGAGCGCUCCAACAUCAUGGACAUCCUCUACGUUAAGGACCUGGCCUUCGUCGACCCCGACGACUGCACGCCCCUCAAGACCAUCACCAAGUUCUACAACCACCCCGUCCACGUCGUUUUCCACGACACCAAGCUGGACGCCAUGCUGGAGGAGUUCAAGAAGGGGAAGUCACACCUGGCCAUCGUGCAGAAGGUGAACAACGAGGGCGAGGGGGAUCCCUUCUACGAGGUGCUGGGGCUGGUGACGCUGGAGGACGUCAUCGAGGAGAUCAUCAAGUCGGAGAUCCUGGACGAGUCGGAUGCUUUUGCAGCCGAUGAAAACCGCAGCAAGAAGCGUACGGGCAACCAGAAGGGCAAGAGGGACUUCUCAGCCUUCAAGGACCCCGUCAACGAGCAGAAGGUGAAGGUCUCCCCACAGCUGCUGCUGGCUGCUCACCGCUUCCUCUCCACGGAGGUGACGCUCUUCACGCCCAACUUCAUCUCUGAGAAGAUCCUGCUGAGGCUGCUCAAAUAUUCCGACGUCAUCCAGGAGCUGAAGUUUGAUGAGGAGAACAAGAAGUCCCCGCAUCACUUCCUCUACACUAAGAACAAGGCUGCCGACUACUUCAUCCUCAUCCUGCAGGGCAAGGUGGAGGUGGAGGCUGGCAAGGAGUGCAUGAAGUUUGAAGCAGGAGCCUUCUCCUACUAUGGGGUGAUGGCCAUCAGCCCACCUCCUGUAUCGGAGACCCGCUCCCCGUCCCACGUCAGCGGCCUCAACCGCUCGGCCUCGCUCAGCUGCCACGAGCGCUCCGACUCCGUCUCAUCCCCCGUUGGUGGCAGCAACAACCAACUCAGCGCCGUCACCCCAUACGUGGCCGACUUCAGCGUCCGGGCGCUCAGCGACCUGCAGUUCGUUAAGAUCACGCGGCAGGAAUACCAGAACGGCCUCACCACGUCCCGCAUGGACAGUUGUCCCCAAUCUCCGGACAGCGGAGCUCCCAAACCCGAUCUGCCGGAGAAAACGGAGCCGGCCGAUGAGACCACCAGCCUGCUGAACGAGAGGAACUGCCUGGGCCGCCGCAGCACCCACGGCCCCAUCGAGAACUCCAUCUGAGCCGCCCGCGGGCCGGGGACGCGCUGGGAGCCGCGGGGAUGCGCUCCGCAUACGGCUCCGAUGGGAGCGGCUGCGGCGGCGGAGGAGGAGGAAGAGGAAGAGGAGGAGGAGGAAGAGGAAGGACAGCCCGGCCCGGUGCUGCUGCUGCUCGGGGACGGCAGGCCGCGGAGGCGUUGGGCCCGCUGUGGCUGAAGCCUCCGCUCGGUGCAGCUCAGGGAGUUCAGGUCCCGCAGGCCGGGCCUCCUCCUGCCGAAACCAGGCCCAGGCCCGCCGCCGCCAUCUUCCCCUUCCCUAUAACCCCCCCCCUCCCCCACGCCCCCCCCCCCACCCCGCCGUGAAUGAUGGAAGCGAAGCAGAGGAGGGGGUGACGAUGCGACUCAGGGAGUGCCACAGCCCCGGGGUGGGGGCUCGGGGGGGCACACAGCUAGCGACCAAAGGACGGUGGGGGGCAGCCCCUUCCACUGGGGGUUCCUCCCAAAGCGGACCCCCCCCUCAUCCCCCCCCCCAUCCCCCCAAUCACUGCUCCCCACCCCCACAAAGCACAAUCCCCGGUGACCGCCGUUAAGUUAUUGGGAGAAGGGGAAUUAAUUGCAUUAAUCAUGUCGCGACGAUCAGGGCCUGGUUCUGCUGCGGGGAGACGCUAGGAAUAAUAAUAAUUAAUAAUAAUGAACCACGGUGAAAACCCUUUUUUUUAUUAAAUCUUCCUCUAUGCAAAACCCCCCCCCCAACCCCCCCCCCCAUCCCCCAGCUCAAGAAUCUGUAUUUAUUUUCGCAUCAGGUUUGAUUUGUAUAUUCGGGGAGGGGAGGCCGGGCCCUGCACAGCCCCACGCCCCUCCCCCCCCGGGUUGUGGAACGGAUUAUGGAACUUUAUUUUAUUUUUUGCCGGUUGGUUAAUAAAAUUCUCUAUCUUUG